AUGGACGUUGAGCGAGGAAGAAGUGGUCACGAAAGGCUUUUGAGUCCGGCUCUGUCCAUCUCCACCGACGCGUUAUCGUCUUACAGCUCAGCGGCGGAGGAUACCGGCGAGAAAUCGCCAUUUCUCUCUUCGCCAAAUGAUGACGAGAGGCCGCAGCGGUUGAGGAGUCAGCCAACUGGCUCGUGGCUGAGUAGAGUUUCGGCAAGCCUCUUUGGCGUCUUUGUCUUCUUUUUCAUUUUCUACGCAUCGGAUCUGCUCUACUCAGCAUUUACGUCUGCGUCUGCUCCGCACCAUCUCGCAGCGCCAGUUUACGUGGUAAAAGAGCCAAUUCCAUCAUCACCGCGGUUGAGGAACUCGUCCGAAUAUGUCUUGGACUCUGCUUGGGACUUCAACGCCGCCACAGGCACCAGAGAAUACUACUGGACCAUCAAUGAUGCAACCUUGAAUCCAGAUGGAAUCUUUCGGCCGAUGAUGCUCAUCAACAACCAGUUCCCUGGGCCGCUCAUCCAGUGUAACGAAGGGGAUACCAUCGUCGUCCAUGUACGCAACAUGGCCGUCAAUGCUACAGCCAUUCAUUUCCACGGCAUGUAUCAAAACGGCACAAACUCCAUGGACGGCACCGUCGGCGUGACGCAGUGCCCCAUCGCACACAAUGCGACGUUUACAUAUCGGUUCACGGUCGACAAUCAGUCGGGGACAUAUUGGUAUCAUGCACACCAUAGCGUACAAGCUUCAGAUGGGCUCGUCGGGCCUCUGGUCAUUCAUCCGAGGGAUGACCAUGGGACCAAGAAUCAGUACGCGACCGAUCGCGUUGUGCUGAUACAGGAUCACUACCACAACACGUCUGCCGAGUUGUUGAUGGACUACCUCCAACCAGACCAGGAAAACGACGAGCCUGUGCCUUCCAGUGGCCUCAUCAACGGGCGCAACUAUCGCAACUGUGCCGACUUUGACGGAUGGAAUUGCCACAAUGAGAACCCUCGUCUGCAAUCGCUGAACACCUUGGACUUGGCUCCCAACGAGCGACAUCGCCUGAGGUUCAUCAACGUCGGCGCUUUCGCAGAGUUCCAAGUCGAAAUCGACGAGCACCCGUUCUACAUCACCGAGGUGGACGGGACCGGCGUCCACCCUGAACCAUUUCACCGGCUCAACAUCCUACCAGCACAGCGCUAUAGUGUGGUGGUGGAGACCAACCUCACCACCGCUAACACCUUCUGGAUGCGAGCCAGAAUGAUCACUCAUUGUUUCGCACGAGAGAACCCCUGGCUCGACUCUGAAGUCAAGGCAGUUGUCCGCUACAGCACACCAGCCUCUAGCAACAAAGAGACGCACGAGACAUCCCCAGGACACAUUGAACCACAAAGCAAGAGCUGGAACGAGGCCGUGGACGUCGACUGCCGAGACAUGAACACAAGCCUCCUCAGACCCCUCGACGCGAUCCCAGCGCCAAACACCACAGCCACAAUGUACCUCCGCGCCAACUUUGAAAUCGGAGCCUGGCGCCUGUCGCGGGGCUUCUUCAACGCCUCGACGUGGCACGCCAACCUCACCUCGCCGGCUCUAUACCGUUUCCUGGAUGCCGCCGCCAAGAGCGAUGACAACGGCACAUUGAUUCCGUCCACAACCGGCGUAAACGACAUCGUCUUUAAUCCUGAAAAGGAGUUUGUCUAUCAGACGCACGGCAUCCAGAGUGUCAACAUCAUCAUCAGCAACUUUGACGACGGCGCGCACCCUUUCCACAUCCACGGACACAAGUUCUUCGUGCUGAAGCAAGGGCCGUCGGGGUACCCGCCCAACGACAUGGCCGAGCUGGAACGAGAGCUCGCCGCCUCGGGCGUCCUGGAGAACCCGCUUCGGAGGGACACCAUGACGGUCCAAGGCUAUGGGUGGGCGGUCAUCCGGGUCGUGCUGGAUAAUCCGGGCGUGUGGGCGUUCCACUGCCACAAUGCGUGGCACGCCGAGGCGGGCAUGAUGAUGAUGAUUGCGGCGAGGGUCGAGACGGCAAAGGAAUGGGCGCUGGCGAGCGAGGAGAAGGAGGGAGAAGAAGGUGAAGCACGAAAGCUCUGCGGGUUGCCCGGGGUCGAGAAAGGGGCUCGGCCUAGUGAUGACCUUUGGUUUGGAAACUUUGGUUGA